AUGGCCAGAAGAGGGGGCGCAACAAGAGGUGGUGCGAGAGGCGGAGCGAGAGGCGGAGCGAGAGGCGGAGCGUCAACCAUAGGGAAAAGGAGAGGAGAUGUACAGCCCGGGGAUCCAAUACCAUACCCCAAAAAACGGCGUUACAAACCUGGCACAUUAGCCCUCAAAGAAAUCCGCCGAUAUCAGAAGAGUACAGAUCUGCUACUAUUAAAACUACCAUUCUCGAGACUGGUUCGAGAAAUAGCGCUAGACAUAAUGCCGCCAGACCAGGAAUUCCGAUGGCAAUCACAAGCGAUCAUGGCCUUGCAAGAAGCCGCCGAAGCUUUCCUCGUGCACCUCUUCGAAGAUACAAAUCUCUGCGCUAUACACGCGAAGCGGGUGACGAUCAUGCAGAAAGACAUCCAGCUAGCGCGGAGGAUAAGAGGAGCCUGGGGAGGGCUAGGAUGA